GCACACAAGAACACAACACCAACCACAUACCAAACAUGUUGUCACUACCACUCCUCGCGCCUCAAAAUGAAUACUCCUUCUUCCUCUCCCCCCACCUACGCCCGCCACCCGACACCCCAUCCAACCACCCAUCCACCUCCGAAAACAACGCAAUACAACAAACCCGCCGCCUGGCAUCCCAAAACCACUCGACCCCAUCCCGACAAUCGCUAGCCCAACUGCUCGCAGACGAACACGCCAUCUCCAGCCGCAAACACAAUAUCCGACGUUUUGGGGCCGGGUGGAUAAAACCGCCGGGUGUGGCGAAGACGUUGCAAGCGGAGACGGAGGAAAAAGCCGAGAGGGAGGAGCAAGAGGCUUUGCAGAGGAGGGAGCAGAUGAUGAUGGAUAUGCAGGCGCAGCAGGAGGUUGAGGAGGCGAGGAAUAGAGCUGCUGCUGCUGCUGAAGAAGGAGGAGAAGAGGCAGAUGUGGAGGGAGAAGAGGAAAGGGAUUUGGACGAGGAGAUUCCUGAUGCUGAUGGUGAGGAAGAAGAGGAAGAGGAGGAAGAAGAUGAAGAUGAAGAUCUCUCGGGUUCAGACGAGGAAGAGGAUGAAGAGGAAGAAGAAGAGUUGCAAUCGGAAUUGCAGUCUGAAAUGCUGGAGCAUUCCCAGUUGCAGCAUUCUGAGGUUCCGGUCGCCGAAGACAUCACAUUCAAUGAGGACAGCAUGUUUGCGGAAAACAGCUUGUUGGAGAUUGAUGAAGAGACGAGGGAGCAGGAAAGAUAUGAUCGGUUGCAAGAGGCAGAGUUGACGGGUGUGGCUCAGGAUCAGCUUGAUUUGGGUGUUGAAAGGGAUCUGGACGACAGUGUGCCCGAGGCUGGCAGUUAUCAACAUACCGACAGCGAGUUGGACGACUCGGAUGAAGAUUCGGAUGAGAAUGAAGACGAGGAAGAGCAAGAUCAGAGUCAAUUGGGAGAGCAGAGCGAGAUGAUUGGGGCAGUCAUGCAACGCAGUCGCAGCAGUCUGUUGAGCAGGGAUGUGAGCUCCUUACUCGACUCUUCCUUUGUCACCAGCAGUCCUGCUCCCAUCGGUCGCCUGAGGUCUACUGCUCACAGAACGGGCCAGAGAUGA